AUGGCGUCCCCGGGCUUCUGGUCCCUCGGUGCGGGGGACAAUUCGGGCAGCCAGAGUCCCAACACUCCCCGGGCUUGGUGCCAGGCGGCGGCCCAGAAGAUCUCCGGAGGGCUCGGAUCCAAAUUAUGUGCGCUCCUGAACGUGAACGAGGGGGACAAAGGUGCAGCCGAGCCCCCCGCCGCCAAGCAGCCGCCUCACGCGGCGGAGGGCAGCUGCGGAUGCAACAAAAGCUGCGACUGCGCCAAAACCGCCGUGCAAGGCUUCGCCGACCUCUACUCAACAGACCUCCUCCCGGCCAUGGACGGAGACGCCAGGACCCUGAGCUUCCUGCAGGAGGUGGUGGACAUCCUGCUGGCCUACAUCGUGGAGUCGUUCAACCGCGACACCAAAGUGAUCGACUUCCACUACCCUAGUGAGCUGCUGCAGAUGAACAACUGGGAGCUGCAGCACGAGCCCAGCACGCUGGACGACAUCUUGAUCAGCUGCCGCGCCACCCUCAAGUACGCCAUCAAGACAGCCCACCCCAGGUACUUCAACCAGCUCUCCACUGGCUUGGACAUGGUGGGCCUGGCUGCUGAUUGGCUGACGUCCACUGCCAAUACCAACAUGUUCACGUACGAGGUGGCUCCGGUUUUCGUGCUGCUGGAGUACGUGACGCUCAAGAAGAUGCGCGAGAUCAUCGGCUGGCACGAGGGCCGCGGCGACGGCAUCUUCUCGCCUGGUGGCGCCAUUUCCAACAUGUACGCCAUGCUGCUGGCCCGUUUCAAGAUGUUCCCUGAAGUCAAGGAGAAAGGAAUGUCAUCCGUUCCCAGGCUGGUGGCCUUCACCUCCGAACAUAGUCAUUUCUCCAUCAAGAAAGGAGCAGCGGCUCUUGGCAUCGGCACCGAAAGCGUCAUCUGCAUCAAGGCCGACCAAAGCGGCAAAUUGAUCCCUGCUGACCUGGAGCGGCGAAUCCUGGAGGCCAAAGAGAAGGGUUUUGUGCCGUUCUUCGUGAGCGCCACGGCGGGCACCACGGUCUACGGCGCCUUCGACCCGCUCAUCGCCAUUUCCGACAUCUGCAGGAAGUACAACGUCUGGAUGCACGUGGACGGUGCGUGGGGAGGAAGUCUGCUCAUGUCCAGGAGGCACCGCUGGAAGCUGGACGGCGUUGAGAGAGCCAAUUCGGUGACUUGGAACCCGCAUAAGAUGAUGUCGGUGCCGCUGCAGUGUUCUGCCCUGUUGGUGCGCGAGGAGGGCCUGAUGCAGAACUGCAACCAGAUGCACGCCUGCUACCUGUUCCAGCAGGACAAGCACUACGACCUGUCCUAUGAUACCGGAGACAAGGCGCUGCAGUGCGGACGUCAUGUGGACAUCUUCAAGCUGUGGCUCAUGUGGAGGGCCAAGGGCACCAUCGGGUUUGAGGAGCAGAUCGACAAGUGUCUGGAGCUGUCCGAGUACCUGUACAACAAGAUUAAGGACAGGGAAGGAUACCAGAUGGUCUUUGACGGAAAACCUCAGCACACCAACGUUUGCUUCUGGUAUCUGCCGCCCGGCAUGCGCUGCCUGGACGACAAAGAGGAGAAGAAGAAACGCUUGCACAAGGUGGCACCGGUGAUCAAGGCGCGCAUGAUGGAGUACGGGACCACCAUGGUAAGCUACCAGCCGCAGGGGGAUAAGGUCAACUUCUUCCGCAUGGUCAUCUCCAACCCGGCCGCCACCUUCCAGGACAUCGACUUCCUCAUUGAGGAAAUCGAGCGUCUGGGCCAGGAUCUCUAAAGGCCAUCCUCGCUGUAACUCGCCGCUGCGCUUUACCCCCUUUCAAAGCUAACCUUAGAUUCCAUUUGCCGUUUCAAAAUGGCGCGAGGAUGCUCUACACCCAAUUUCCAGCCAAAUUUUUCCCAUGGUUUCACCCGUCCCACACACUUUAAAAUAUAGACGUAAUCAAGCAAAAGUUUCGCAAGCAGUCUGUCCCUCCCAAUCGAGGUUUACGGUCCAACUGGUGCACUAAAGACAAUUUGACUUGUUAAACUCCAAAAUGCAGAAAACAAGCCCGCUAGCUUCUUGCUAACAUCAAAUGUGAAACACAAUCGGCAGGCUAAUGGAAAUGAGCCAAUUGUGGCACAAAGCGGAGCCGCUCCAAAUUUGCACUUGGAUGCGUACGAGGAAAUGGAUUACUUACAAGCGCAAUAUUCGAUACAUAAAUAUAGAUAUGUACAUACACACGCAUCUAUCUGUAUCUAGCUUUGCUGCGGACUGAUGCGGUCCAAAGCUUUGUACAAGUGCUUCUGUCCGCCAGUCUUGUCCCAAUCAACAAAUGCCAUAGAUUUGCUGUGACUUUAACUGUGCUAAUAUGUGAUCGUGUGCAAUAUGUCAUAUUAGCAUUAUUUUUCUAAUCGUUUUGACAUUGGUAUGACAAAAUCCUCUGUAGUAUAAAUGGGAUUUGUCCUCUUGAAACAAAACGCUGGGCUUUGCUCCCCUCCCGUGGUCAUCUAGGCCGAGCGCUAGCACCAUGGCUAAUUUGCCAAUGCUAAUGAAGGGCCGGUGACUCAAAAAGUGUUGAUGCCAGCUGUGAAACAAAUGCAUGCCAAUAGCUCAUGUGGGAAUGUAGGGGAAGGGGGGGCGGUCCCCCUUAAUUCAUUCUACAGCAAUAUUGAUCAUGUGACUGGUCAUAAGAAAAGCACAAUUAGCUCCACAAUCCCUUUUUGCUCUCACUCAGUAAAGUGUAAAUAGUGCAAACGUGUAGCUAGUACGUCAAA